ACAGUCGCAUUAUUGUAACGAGGAUAACCAUUUGUUGGCAGAAGCAAGCGGCGGCUCCGCUGGCCCAGGCGCUGUCACGUGCCCCUGCCUUCCUUUCCGGAGCGCUAGAAGCGGAAAUCCCCGAAAGUAGCCGAUCGUCCGGCUUUGCGGACUGAGGAGGAAGGGCAGAAGAAGGGAAAAUCAAACGCCUUCAAGCAGAAGAGCAGCGAGUACUUCCCGGAAUUGAUAGAAGACCAGCGUCAAGCACAGUACAGCAUCUGGACCUUUCAGCACAUCCAGGAGUCCUGAGGCCAUUUGUAGCAUUUCAUCUACCACCUCAGUUGACGUCAGCUAACUUGAGUACAGAUCAGGGAUGGGAACUUUUGGUCUGUGUGGAUUUCACGACAAAUAGGGGGUCCACAUGCUGUGCCACAUGAAAUGAACAAAGGACCCCAACCUAUUGGAGGACCUCCAUCUGCCCCACAUCCCCCCCCUUCUGGAAUAGCCCAGACUGCCUAUCCCUCUGGCCAGACAACUGCUCCAGUAGUUUUUGCACCACAGCAAUCUCCACAAAUGAACACUCAACCACAGCCACGCCAGCAAUACUACCCAAGCAGAGCCCAGCAGCAGAGUAAUGCUUCCAGGGUUCAGAGUAGUGCAACGACUCGACCUGUGGCCUCUGCUACUCAUGUCUACCAACCUGGCUCUCAGGCUAUUAUGAUGAUGACAACGCAACAGAUACCUGCAUAUCAGUCACAAGGACCUUAUUAUGUUCCAAGCCAGUUUCGUUCUUCAUUUGUACAGCCGACUCAGCAGUAUCCUGUUCCACCUGGAACUGGAUUUUAUUCAAAUCCAAAUCCUGGAGAGUAUCCUUAUGGAACCUAUUAUCCAGCAACACAGGGAGUGCAACCAUAUUCUGCACCAGUGGCACCUGCCACUGUUAUGAUAAAUCCUGCACAGCCACAAAUGCCUCCAAAAAGAGAACGGAAGCAGAUCCGGAUUCGGGAUCCAAACCAGGGUGGAAAAGAUAUCACAGAAGAGAUUAUGUCCGGAGGAAGAUCCGGUUCUACUCCAACACCGCCACAGUCUGCAGGAAGUUUAGAAGGAGGUGGUGCUGUACAGGCAAAUGGGGAAAGUCCUCAUCCGGUAGCAGUCGUCAUCCGGCCAGAUAAGCCAAAGUCUCCUGUUGUGAUAUCUAAACCAUUAGAAGAGCUGAACCAACUUGAGAAAUCUGUUUCGCCUGAAAUUGUAGGAGACAAAUCUGAAAAUAACACUAAACAAACAGACUCUGAAGAAGUGCAAGAAACUCCAAUCACAGAGCCGGAGGACACUACAAACAUUGCAAUAUCUUGUGAUGUGACAGUAACAGAUUCUACGCCACUUGAUGGCGGUGAUGAUGAAAUGAACCCUUUGGCAGAACCUCCUACUUUGCCACAUGUAGCUAAAGAACUGCAGAAAAGUGAAACAGAGGUACAAGAGCUACAGAAAGAAGAAGUGAUUCCAGAUGAAUCUUGCACGAAAGUCUUGACAGUUGAAAGUAAUGGUUUUACGCCAACACAGGAAGUUGAGCCUAAUCAAGAAUCUGAGCCUUCACUUGAACCCUCACUUGAACCUGUAAUGGAUUCACCCAUUGCACAACCUGAAGAACCAAAAUUGACUAAUGGCCUAGAGCCUUCAAAAGAGCAAGAAUCAGAAGUUUCAGAUGCUCAGCAGGAAUCUCAUAUUAGUCCCAUUUCUGAGCCUGAAACAUCAAAAUCUAAAGAGAAUGAAGAAGUCUUGGUAUGUCCCAAGGAGAAAGAGGAGAAGGAGAAAGAGAAAGAAGAGAAGGAGAAAGAAAAGGAAGAGGAGGAGGAGGACUCUGUAGAAAACCAAACGCAAGAUCCCUUGCCAUCAGCAGCUGUGUUAUCACAGACUAAUGACAAUUCUAUGCAAGCUGCAGCUGUAUCGGUGCCAAAGAAGAAGAGGAAAAUGAAGGACUUAAACAAGAAAGAGGCAGUUGGAGAUCUGCUUGAUGCUUUCAAAGAGCCUCAAUUCAAAGAGCCUGCUGCUGAGUCUGCUGCCCAGCCUGCUGCUGUACCGACUGAAGCGGCUGAACCAAUUGCUCCGACUCGUGAUGAACCAGAGGAAACCUGGGAGGAGAAGGAGGAUAAGCAAGAUGUAGAAAAUGUCAAGCCAGAUGGAAUUAAGUUGUCGGAUCAAAAAUACCAAUAUAAAGAAGAAAAUUGGAAGCCACUUAAUCCUGAGGAUAAGAAGAAAUAUGACCGUGAAUUUCUCUUGGGUUUCCAGUUCAUCUUUGCUAGCAUGCAGAAACCUGAAGGUCUGCCAGCAAUUAGCGAUGUUGUGUUGGAUAAGGCAAACAAGACACCACUUCGUCCUCUUGAGCCAAGCCGACUUGCCGUGAACUGUGGACCAGACUUCACUCCAUCCUUCGCACAAAUAGGACGACAGCCGAUUGGAAGAGGACCACCUUCAGGUGUGGGCCCACGAAGAUCUCAGCCAGGCCAGAGAAAGGAACCUCGUAAAAUUAUUGCAACUGUAUCCCUAAAUGAUGACAUACAACUUAAGAAAGCAGAACAUGCUUGGAAACCUUCAGUGAAAAAGCAACCUGAUGAGGAUGACCCAGAGAUGAUAAAAACACAGGAGCUGUUCCGUAAGGUCCGCAGUAUUUUGAAUAAACUGACACCGCAGAUGUUCCAGCAGUUGAUGAAACAAGUUGCAGAAUUGACAAUUGAUAAUGAAGAAAGGCUAAAAGGUGUUAUUGAUCUGGUGUUUGAAAAAGCAAUCUCAGAACCAAACUUCUCUGUUGCCUAUGCCAACAUGUGCCGCUGUCUUACUACUUUGAAAGUACCAAUCCCUGACAAACCUGGUGCAACUGUAAAUUUCCGUAAGUUGCUCUUGAACAGAUGUCAGAAGGAGUUUGAAAAAGAUAAAGAUGAUGAUGCUGUAAUAGACAAAAAACAGAAGGAAAUUGAUGCUGCAACAACGUCUGAAGAGAAAACUCGUCUCCAAGAGGAGUUAAAGGAUGCCAGAGAUAAAGCCAGGCGACGAUCACUAGGCAAUAUCAAGUUUAUUGGUGAACUCUUCAAACUAAAAAUGUUGACAGAACCUAUUAUGCAUGACUGUAUAGUGAAGCUGCUAAAGAAUCACGAUGAGGAAUCACUAGAGUGCCUAUGUAGGUUGUUAACUACGAUAGGCAAAGAUUUGGAUUUUGAAAAAGCCAAACCUAGGAUGGAUCAAUAUUUUAACCAAAUGGAAAAAAUUAUCAAAGAAAGGAAAACUUCAUCUAGAAUUCGCUUUAUGGUACAAGAUGUAAUUGAUCUGCGACAAAAUAACUGGGUGCCUCGAAGAGGUGAUCAGGGACCCAAGACAUUAGAACAGAUACACAGAGAAGCUCAGAUAGAAGAGCAUCAACAGCAUUUAAGAGUACAACAGCAGCUGCUGUCUAAGCAAGAUAAAAGGAGAGGUGGUGGAGGUAGUAGUGGUAGUACAGGUGGUAGAGGAAGUCAAGGAACUGAUGAAGCAGGCUGGAAUACUGUACCGAUUGCCAAAAGCAGCAGGCCUAUUGAUACCAGUAGAUUAAGUAAGAUCAGUAAGGCUGGGGUUAUGGAUUACAACAAUCAAGUGCUAGCACCUGCAGGUCGACUUGGUGGUUGGGUUAAAGGGAGCAGUGGUGGAUCUGGAAGCAAACCUAGUGAUGCAGGUGUGGAUUCAGGACGGCCAGCCACAGCCACAUUGAAUAGAUUUUCGGCUCUCCAGCAGUCAUCGUCCACAGAUAAUGUUGAUGCACGAAGAGUUGUAUCCAGGAGUAGUUCAAGUCGUGAAAGAAGUGAAAAAGGUGAUCGUGAACGAGGAGACCGGUUUGAAAGAAGUGAACGUUACGAGAAAAGUGAGAGGAGUGAUCGGCUUGAACGAAUUGAACGCAGUGAAAAGGGUGACAAAAGUGAUCGGAUUGAGAAAUCUGAGAAGAGUGAUCGCAACAGACCUUCACUUACCAAGAGAAGCUAUAGCAAAGAAGUUGAUGACCGAAGCAGGGAAAGAGAACGACGAAACUCUCAAGAGCCAGUAAGACGUGUAGCCAGCAUGACCGAAGAGAGAGAUAGAGGACAUGCCAGAGAUCGAAGUAAAGAGCCUGUUAAGCUUGAACCAGUCUCGCUAUCUACAACAUCUGAUAAACUUGCUCUCUCUGAGGAAGAACUUGAAAAGAAAUCCAAGGCCAUCAUUGAAGAAUAUUUACACAUUAAUGAUAUGAAGGAAGCAUUGCAAUGUGUGCAGGAACUUGAGUCACCCAAGACAUUGCACAUCUUCGUUCGAAGUGGGGUCGAGUCAACUUUGGAACGAAGUGCAAUAGCAAGAGAACACAUGGGAAUGCUUUUGUAUCAACUUGUAAAAACUGAUACCCUAUCAAAGCAACAGUAUUACAAAGGGCUAAGUGAAAUCCUUGAAAUAGCUGAAGAUAUGGAAAUUGAUAUUCCACAUAUAUGGCAGUAUCUUGCAGAACUAAUUGUUCAUAUGCUACAUGAUGGAGGUAUACCAAUGGCAGAACUUUUCAGGGAAGUGGCCAAGCCUCUUGUCACCAUUGGGAAAGCUGGGCUUCUGCUUGCUGAUCUUUUAUGUUUACUUUGCAAAGGAAUGAGCCGAAAGAAGGCAGGUUCUUUGUGGAGAGAUGGAGGACUGAGUUGGAAGGAAUUCCUUUCUGAGGAAGAGGAUAUUAACAAAUUUGUCACUGAGAAGAAAGUAGAAUUUACUCUGGGAAAUGAAUCUUGUCACGAGGGAACACCAAGCAAAAUGGAAAUGUCCUUUGAUGAACUCUGUGAACAGUUUGAUAAACUGAUUAAGGAGAAAGCUGAGAACCAAAGAAUAUUUGACUGGAUUGAAGCCAAUCUAGAUGAAAAGCAAUUGAUUUCUCCACUCUUCAUCAGAGCAUUAAUGAAGUCUAUUUGUCAUUCGGCUGUUGUAUUUGAAAACCCUGUUCGUGUAGAUACGGAUAUCAUCCAAAAUAGAGUAAAAGUCCUGACAAAAUAUCUGAAUUCUGAUCCCCAGCGUGAGCUACAAGCACUAUAUGCCCUCCAGGCCUUAAUGGCCAUAUUAGAACAACCAGCAAAUUUACUAAGGACAUUUUUUGAUGUUUUGUAUGAUGAGGAUGUUAUAUCUGAAGAAGCCUUUUACAAAUGGGAGUCCAGUAAAGACCCAGCAGAACAACAAGGAAAAGGAGUAGCUUUGAAAUCUGUGACAGCUUUCUUCACUUGGUUAAGAGAAGCUGAAGAAGAAUCAGAAGGCAAUUAGAAGUAAUUAUUGACAGAUAUCAGUCAUAUGAUGAAUCGCAUUAGACAGACGAGGACUGUCCUUUGAAUUUUUGCACAAUCAAGUGCUUGGUUCUGAGAACAUCUAUUCAAUAAACCCUUGAUACUGCAAGGUUUUAUCUAUUUUUUAACAUCAACAGUUCAUGUCUAACAAAUAUAACAAUUUAGAAAAAAAAAUAGGGCUAUUGAGAUGGUCCUGAAAAUUAGGUGGAGUCAUGGGCAUAGGAAAGUGGCGGGAAUUUUUGAUUUUUAAACUAGAAUGGUGGAUACCUUGGUGUUAAAUCACCAACGAUGCAAACAAAUUUGGGAAUCCCAGGAUAUAUCAACUUGGCUUCCCUAUGCUAGAUUUUUUUUGAAGGGUAGGGUACACAGGCCAUUGGACUCCUGUUCUUAUGCCUAUGAGUUGUAUAAAAAGCCUUGAACAAGCCUGUAGUGGAUUUUAAAAAUCAGUAAGAGUUUAACAGUUUAAUUAGACAAAAAGUAAAACAGUACAGUUCCUAGAUGAUUCUACUUAAUGUAGAACAGUUUUAGGACAGUUCUGUAAAUAAAUGUUUUGCAAUAUUGCUAAUGUAAUGCCAUGUUAUUUCUGCUGUCUUUGAUAAAGUGCAGCAGUGUCUCUUGUAUUUAUAGAAUUCCUGAGUUCAUAAGGUGCUUGUAAUUAUCAACAAAAAAGAAUCCUUCAUUGAUUACAGUUUAAAUGAAUGUGUAAAUACUUUUGCUUUAUUAAGUAUUUAAUUAAAAAUUAAUGCCUCUUUUCACACCCGGAACUGGAAAAUAAAGAACAUAUUGCAAAGUCUCCUACUUUUGUUUGUAGCAGGAUAACUUUCUCAGCAGAAGCCUUCGCCUUUGGAAUGGUUCUGUGGCUCCACAAUAUGAAAAUGGGUGUUCCUAGUGGUUGGUUGGGAUCGAAACUACCCUGCAGAUUAUUCAAAAAUUGUGAUUGGUUUCAAAUUCACCUUUAGCAAAAUGAUGUUUUUACUUCCCAAAGCUAUAAAAUAAUGCAGAUAUUUUCCUUUGCAUAUUAGUAAUGGGAUGCAGUGUGUUGAUCUGAGAAAUUAUAAAAGAUUGCUUAUAUUAGCAUUUUGUUUUGGUUGAAGCUGGGGAAAGAUGCUGGAAUUUAUAUAGCUAUCUGAGUCAUUUAUUGAUAUUAGAGCAAGGAGCCUCAAUGGAAGAAAGUAACUAUCUGCGCAAAUUACUUUUUGUUUCUCAGAUCAUUAUAGUAGCUGUAUUGAACCUAGUUGCUGGCAAGAAAUGCUUGCACUAUAAGUCGGCUGAGCAUUCUGUUUAAAUUACUCCUGAUUAUAAAGUCUGAAAAGGCAAAUUACCUUCUAAUGUGUAUGCUGUUAAUUGUUUUCUUAAAUCUCUUCGAAAUGAAAAUAUUGCCCAGCAACCUUGUUAUAUCAAGAAUAUAGGGUUCAAAGUCUUGCCCAAUGGUCCUCUAACUGUAGAAGUCCUAGAAAAGCAAUGGCCCUUUUUGUUUGUGAAUUUUAAAUAGAGAUGGUUCAAUACUUGUGUGAUUGAAUUUGCAUGAGAAAUACCUGGUUUUUCAUCCUCAUUUUCUAUUUUCUGCUCAUAAGCUCCUUGCAGUGGCCUCAGCUGUUUAAAGCUUAGUGUUCCAAUAGGAAACAAUAAAUCUAAUAAAUAU